UCGAGUCAUCGCCUAAGUAUUCAAAGGCUUUCUCCAAACCUCUUGCCGUGCCCCCAGAACCCUCCUAUGGUUAGGGGGCCUCUGGUCCCAGCUUAGAGCAGUAGGCAAACUGGGUCCCCCACACACAGGGGAAAGAGUUGGAGGGCCCGCCCCGUGAUGUCACCCCACACACACACACCCUGUCCCCUUCCUCCACCCCCCAAGCUGGUUGCAUUUAGCUCACGGGGCUUAGGCUACGACUUGCAAGAGUUUAGGGGCAACGUACAGAGUGGCCCUGGAGGUGCCCACGCUCGACAGCCGCCCCGACUUCUAGGACCUCCGGGCAGGGAUGCAGCUGGGGGUCUAGGGAAGCACUUCUACCCUCUUCCUCUCCUCAGCCCUGGCAGGGUGGUUUCCCAACCCCCUCAAGAUAUUCAUGGAUGGAUGAGAGGAGCUGACGCUGACCUUCCCCUCUGUGACCACCUUCUCAUCGGCCAUGGAGGAAACUUUGCUGCCGCUGGCCAUGACCUCUGACCCCAGGCCUUUUAAUCAACAACUCCCAGAGCCUCCAGACCCAAGAUGUGUCUUGGAACCCCAGGACAAUCCUGAAUUGGCACCUGCCCUGGUGUGUGCUCUUUGCUGCUGCUUUGGAAUCAUCUACUGCUGCUUCGAGCCAUGUGGAUCCACCCCCUCUUCUGUCUCUCAGUGCCUCCUGCCUCCCUUCCCAGGCUACCGCUGCUUCAAGGCAGUGAUGUUUCUCUCGGGCCUACUAUCAGGAGCUCUGGUGAUCUUCCUGCUAUGCCACAAGGAGCGAGUGCUAGAAACACAGCUGAGCCUGGAGGUGAGCGCCGGCAUUGCGCUAGGCAUCGGACUCCUCUGCGGCCUGGUCACCAUGCUGGUUCGCAGUGUUGGGCUCUUCCUGACUGGUCUCCUAUUAGGCCUAACCCUGGGCACCGGGGCUCUGCUGGGCACCGAGCCCAUCUACCAACCGCCUUCAGCCUGGGUGCCGGCCGGGGGACUGGUGGGGCUAGCACUGCUGGGAGCUCUGCUCACGCUUCGGUGGCCACGUCCAUUCACAGUUCUGGGCACAGCCUUGCUGGGUGCUGCAGUGCUGGUGGCCUGUGCUGACUACUUCCUGGAAGGGCUGGCACUGGGCAGUCGGUUGGGCCAACGUUUGCAGGCACUUCCAGCCUUGCCUCCUCUCUGCUGGUAUAGCUGGGUCUUGCUGGGGACCUGGCCAGCCCUGGGGGCCCUUGGGGCCUUGGCCCAGUGGAAGCUCAUGGAUGAGGAACAUGGAGGCCACGCCAACGCAGUGGUCUUGAGCCACCAGCGAAGGCAUCUCCAACUCCUUCGGAUCCGUCAGCAAGAGGCCAAGUGGCAUCGGACCUCCCCUGGUGUGGGACUCUGUGAGGGCAGCUACCGGCGCCAGCUUUCCCCCAACACCCGGAACCCUGCUGAUGGUCUGGCUCCAAGCUAUCUCCAGAGCCUUCGAGAGCACCAACUGGGACCAGGCAGCCAGGCCACAGCCCCCCACAUUGUCCUGGACCUGGAUUCUGAUUGUGGUUCCACUGUACCCCUCACCACGCCUUCUGGUUCCACCGAGACCUGAGCCUAAACCUCCACUAUUGCCCCCACCCCUAGCAACACUAGGCCUGAGAGCACUAGGUGGGCAUGGCUUGAGCCCACAGGACCCACACACAAACUUCCCCACCUCUUGGACUUGGGGAUAAAAUCUGUGUUCCAACCUAGACCAGCCCUGUAGGGAUAGGUUCCAGGGACAGAUAGAGAGAAAUCUUGUGGGGAGGGGAGAAGAAUAUAAGUAUGAGCAGCUACUAGCUACCUCUGCCUAACACUAGAGGUGCCUCGGUCUCUAAAGCAACUGAUGCCCUAAUUCCCUCCAAACCAAGGGGGCCCUUACCCAAAUAGCCUUUUAUAUACCUGACUCAGUGUGCCUCACUGGUAAAAUAAGGGGUUUUGUUUUUAUAGGAGCUAUAGAAAAUCAGGAAGCCGCCUAAAGCACUUGAUAGCUUUUUGAUGGAGAGAAGGGCACCGAGGUGCUCCAGGAUCCCCCAAUCCCCAGGAUCCUUAUUAGGGGGUAGCUGGGUUCCUGAUUAGCCUUAUCCCCCUGACCCCAUAGGCUCAAGCUUCCUUCUCCUACCUCAAUUGGGGGUACUAUCCUCAACGGUGCUUCCCUUUCCCUCCUUGAUGUGGGGAAGACCAUGGGGCAGUGCCUGGCUCAGCCCCCACUUCCCCCAAAAGCUGGCUUCUUGCUCUAAGGAGAGCAUUGGCCCACAUGCCAGAGUCUUGCCCUGUUGCCCAAAAGAGCCUGGUCUUUCGGGUUGAGUGGGAGACAAGUGCCUUCUCUGCCUCUUAUUGUAGGUGAUGCUAAUUUCCUCAACCAGAACUUUGUCCCAGCCACUAACCCAUUCUAACUCUCCCCACUCUGAUUCUCCUGCCCACAGUUGGUUCCCUGGUUCCCCAGACAGCAUGAAGGAAAAUAUAUCCCUCCCCUGGGCAGCAGGCUAUGAUGGAUGGGAGGAAGAACAUGGGGCAUGUGAAUAAAAUGGCAUUGAACAGUGAA